AUGCAUUCUUUGAUAGCUCUCUCCGAGGAGUAUUAUACUCAUCCACCCAGUGGACUUGCUGCACAUUCAUCAUCACAAGAGGAAUGUAUGAGUCCGAACACUCCCUUUUUUACUUAUAGCAAUCUGUUGAGUCAAAAUUUAAAAGAAAGAAAUAUUCGAGUGAAGGAGAUUGUGGCAGGAACCGAUCGAUUGGUGUUUUUCAUUGCGGUGGACGGCUCGGUCUACGUGUUGGGCAAGGUGGAUAAGUGCACCAAUGGUAUGACCAAAGAUGCUGUCGAAGAUUGGAAAUUGAAAAAUCCAACCAAAGAAUUUCUUGACUUUCCACAAUGCAUUGUCAGAGGAAGUGAAAAACCAAUGGAGAAGGUAAUCAUUGGAUUUAAACACACAUUAUUCCUUGCCAAAGAUGGAGAAAUAUAUGGUUGUGGUGACAACGAUAGGAAACAAAUGAAUUUUGAAGGAUUUCAUAUCAGCAGAGCGUUUGGAUUAAGAAAAAUUGUCAUUCCCAAUGAACCAACAACCAAAUUCAAGUUGGCUUGUUCUGGAUGUGAUUUUUCAGUGUACAUUACCAAUGAUGGAAGAAUGUUUUCAAGUGGAGGAAAUUACAGUGGGCAAUGUGGAAUUGGAGUUUAUAGAGAUGUUGUCAUGACAGAAGUUGAUUACAAAGCACAGCUUGAACGCCUACACGCCCCAUGCACAACAAUAACAAAUAUUAAGGCCACCUAUAACACAACCAUUUUUAUGACUGCUGAUCGCAAGUUGUUUGCAUUUGGAGACAAUUCCUAUGGAUGUUGUGGAUGUGGAGAACAAUAUCAGCGAGAUAACCACAAUAUUAUUCGAGUUGGAAUGUCCAGCCCUGAAUUUUUAAAGGAAGAAAUUGCCGACUUUUCUUGUGGAUUGUUUUUUGUGGGAGUAAUUACUUGUAGAAAUGAUGUAUAUGUACUAGGUUACAACAAUUUUUGUCAAAUUUCCUGUAAUCAUAGGACACAAAUUUGCACACCAACAAAGAUUACACAAUUUAAUGGAAUUGCUCAAUCGAUUUCAUGUGGAGGCUAUCAUUCCAUUUUACUGACAACCGAUAUGCGAGUUUUUGGAACAGGCGACACGUCAGAUUAUGCGUUUUUUAAAAUUGGAGCACAAUACGAUCGUUUCACAGAGAUUAAUUUGGAACCAAUGUUUGGCAAGAAAAAGCAUGACAGAAAUAAGAAGAAGAAGACCUUUGCUAUUAGUGCUGGCAUUUCACACUCUGUCGUUUAUACCCUCUCUACUUCUCUAUCGUUAUGUUUUCCUUUUAUGAAUAGAGUUUUAAUAGCAGCAAACCAUUUAUCAGAUGUUGAUAUUUUAUUUUUGAAUGAAGAUGUGGAUAUGAUCAUGUAA